AGAAAAUAAAAAGUUAAAUAAGGAAGGAAAAGAGACCCACGAAAUUAGCAUUGGAAGAGACGGUACGACCAAACAGAGCAGUUAAACAGGGGUUUGUCGGGCAACUCAAACUUGACUUCACUUGAGCCGGCGGCGAAGCUUCAGGAAAUCGUCAUGUCCUAUUUUGCCAUUUGAGGAGGAUGAGGAGGAUACACAGAGGUCAUAGAACUCUCGAGAAUCCAAUGCUCUAAAAGCAGGAAAGCAACUUUUCUUCGAUCAAGGAAGCGUAAUCUGACGCUGCUUCUCAGCUCUCAUUUUGCGAUCCUACCAAGGAAUCGCCGCCCUGCCCUAACUCCAUUGCGAUUUGGUUGCACGCGGCGAUUGGUGUUUGUUGAUUCUCAUCUGAAGUGUUUUGAUGGAGAAUAAUACUGCCCUCGUUGGCUCCGAGAUUCAUGGCUUCCGAACCACUGGAGCUUUGGAUGUUGGCAAUAUGAUGGAGGAGGCCAAGGCGAGAUGGCUCAGACCAAAUGAGAUUCACGCAAUACUUUGUAACUACAAAAUUUUCACCGUUCACGUCAAACCUGUACAUUUGCCUAAAAGUGGCACAAUUGUGUUGUUUGACCGUAAGAUGCUUCGGAAUUUUAGGAAAGAUGGUUAUAACUGGAAGAAGAAAAAGGAUGGAAAAACAGUCAAAGAAGCUCACGAGCACUUGAAAGUUGGAAAUGUCGAAAGAAUCCAUGUAUAUUAUGCUCAUGGAGAAGACAACCCCACAUUUGUUCGCAGAUGUUACUGGUUACUUGACAAGUCCUUAGAACAUAUCGUCCUUGUCCACUACCGCGAUACUCAAGAGGCUUCCCCAGCUCCAGCUACACCUAGAAGCUCCAACUCCACUGUUGCCAUCUGUGAGAAACCUGCCUCUGGUCCUUUGUUGGAAGAGUCUGAUUCUAUGGUGCAUUACAAAAGUACCAGAUCCCCUUUAGAGCAUAACAGUAAUAUGAUCAUAAAAGAUCAUGAACAGAAACUUCAUGAGAUAAAUACGCUAGAAUGGGAUGAGCUUUUGAUGCCAGAUGCCUCCAACAAUCAAAGUAUACCGCUAGGAGCUGCAGGAAUUGACGCAAUGAAUCAAUAUAUGAUGCAUGGUUACAAAGUUAAUGAGGGUUCCCUUGCAACCAACAAAGUAUCCCCAGAAAGUUCGGUUGACAGUUUUUCCGGACAUGUCAUUGUUUCUGGGCGUGGGCCAUUAGCUGGAGGGGAUUCCUUAGAUGAUCUACUCAAAGACACACUACAAUCACAGGACAGUUUUGGGAACUGGGUGGACUGUAUUAUUGCCGAUUCUCCAGGAUCAGUAGAUCAAGCUUUGGAAUCGUCAAUAUCAACUGGAAAUCAGUCAUUUAUUUCUCGAAUGUUAGAUAACCAUCUCUCAUCCGCGCUGGAUCAGAUAUUCAACAUAGCUGAUGUCUCGCCUUCAUGGGCCUUUUCAACUGAAGAAACAAAGAUCUUAGUUGUUGGAUGUUUCAAUGGACGACAAGUACCCGUGGCAGAUUCCACUUUGUUUCUUGUAUGUGGAGAUACCAUUGUUAGUGUUGAAGUUUUACAAGAUGGAGUAUUUCGCUGUGUAAUUCCACCUCAAUCACCUGGAGUUGUGAAUCUCUAUCUGAGUUUUGAUGGUCAUAAUCCAAUUAGCCAAGUUUUAACUUUUGAGUUCCGUGCAACUUCUGCACCGGCCAAGACAGUAUGUUUGGAUGAUAAAUCUGAUUGGGAAGAGCUUCGACUGCAGAUGAGGCUUGGUUCUUUGUUGUUUUCAUCUUCCCAGAGCCUUGAUGUAUACUCAUCCAAGCUAUCCCAAAGUGCUUUAAAGGAAGCCAAAGCUUUUGCGCAGAGGACAUCGCACGUCUCCAAGGGUUGGCUUUAUCUGUACAAAUUGACUGAAGAUGUCAAAAUGCCUUUCUCUCAGGCAAGGGAUAGCUUGUUUGAGUUGACCUUACAGAAUAGACUUCAGGAAUGGUUGCUAGAGAAAGUGGUAUCCGGGUGCAAACUUCCGGAACGUGACGAACAUGGUCAGGGCGUAAUCCAUUUGUGUGCCAUCUUAGGUUAUACUUGGGCAAUUCUCCCGUAUUCAUGGUCUGGUCUAUCAAUGGAUUAUCGGGAUAAGUUUGGGUGGACAGCACUACAUUGGGCUGCAUUUUAUGGAAGGGAAAAGAUGGUUGCCGCUCUUUUGUCUGCUGGGGCAAAGCCAAAUCUUGUCACGGAUCCUACUUCGGAGAGCCCUGGCGGUUGCACUGCUGCUGAUCUUGCUUCUAAGAGCGGUUUCGAUGGUUUGGCAGCUUAUCUUGCUGAAAAGGCUUUAGUCGCACAGUUUAAUGAUAUGAAUUUAGCUGGAAAUGUAAGCAGAACACUCCAAUCUUCUAUCCGGAAUGAAUCCGAGGAUCCUGGAAAUUUCGGAAAUUUCAACGAGGACGAAUUAUAUCUCAAGGAUACAUUGACAGCUUACAGGACGGCAGCUGAUGCGGCUGCACGUAUUCAGGCUGCAUUCAGGGAGCGUUCAUACAAAUUACGAACUAAAGAAGUCGAGGCCUCUAAUCCGGAGGCGGAAGCGCGCAGCAUAGUUGCGGCAAUGAAGAUCCAGCAUGCUUUCCGCAACUUCGAGUCGCGCAAAAAAUUGGCAGCUGUUGCUAGAAUCCAGUACAGAUUCCGCACAUGGAAGAUGCGGAAGGAAUUCCUUAAUAUGCGCCGACAAGCCAUCAAAAUUCAAGCUGUUUUCCGGGGAUUCCAAGUCCGGAGGCAGUACACUAAGAUUGUCUGGUCUGUUGGCAUUGUUGAAAAAGCAAUACUGCGUUGGCGCCUGAAGCGGAGAGGCUUCCGGGGGCUUCAAGUUCAAUGUACGGAGCCUGAAAAAGGUCCGGACGAUGACAGUAAUGCGGAAGAGGAUUUCUUCAGAGCGAGCAGGAAACAAGCUGAGGAACGUGUCGAGAGAUCUGUUGUGAAGGUUCAGGCAAUGUUUCGUUCGAAGAGAGCGCAAGAAGAUUAUCGAAGGAUGAAAUUAGAGCACAGUAAAGCUACGCUGGAAUAUGAAGGACUUAGUCACCCGGAUGCUGAUAUGGGGUAGGAAUGGCUGGCGAACACAUUUUCUUCAGGUACGCGAUGAGAUGGUUGUUCGUAAAUAAUUUUGCGACUAAGUAAUGUCCUGUUUUGACACCAAACAUACAUCGGUGAAGUUUCUCUUAACUUAUAAAUCACUUGGCCUAAUUUA